GGAGUAGUCUUUACGAUUACAAUGAUGGAACUUUCAUGGAUUCGGUUCAAGAGUACUCCCACGAUUACCACGAUUGAGACUACAACUUAUCCUAUUUGGAAUGUCGCUUUUCCGGCGGUGACGAUUUGCAACAUCAACAAGGUGGAUAGAAGCAGAACGAGCAGUAUCAUAGAAGCGCUAAUAAGGCGCGGUAUGUCACGGCAGGAUGCAAACGACGUACUCAUAUCGAUGGCCAGCCUGGUAAACUUCGAAUCAACCAACGCAUCGUACGAAAAUGAGGGAAUGCUUGGAGGUCUUGGUUACACGCCGGCGAAGAUGCUCCUAGAGCUGAACCAACCCUGUGAAUCGCUGAUCAAGUACUGCUACUGGCUCGGGACGGAGGUAUCCUGCGCCAAGUUCUUUCAGACCACAAAAACCCACGUCGGAUUCUGCUGUUCGUUCAACGUCGACAAAUCCAUGUACGUCGAUAAUAAAUCUCCGAUGCGAUCGUUCCCUCCUCCCAACAUAAGGCUUUCCGGUGCCGGCAAGAACGUCGGUCUGUCCGUCAUGGUGGACAUCGCCCCGGAGAAGUACAUGGCACCCACGAAAUCGUACUACGGGGCAGAAGUAUUCGUUCACAGUCCGAGAGAUUUUCCGGCGGAUUCGGAUUUCGAAGACACGUUGCAACCCGGAUGGGAUGUGGAUUUUUGUGUCACGCCGAUCCCAAUCGAAAGCAGCGAUUCCCUGAAACGGGUUCCAUUACAGCAGAGACAGUGCUUCAUGCCGAACGAAGGGACGUUGCAGUCACACAAUAGGUUCAGUCUGAACUUGUGCAUGUCCGAGUGUCGGUUGAGAACGAUCAUCAAGCUUUGCAGUUGUGUGCCAUUUUUCUAUGCUGAUUUUAAUAUCUCAGAAGUAGAGGGAGUUAGCAUAUGCACUCUGAAGAACGUGAACUGUCUCAGACAUUUCAGAAAAUACUUUUUCAGCCUAAAGCCACCGAGAGAGUUAGCGGAAGAACAUUUAAAUUUAGAUCUGGGAAUGGACUGCAACUGUAUGCCAUCGUGCACUUUUCUGAAUUAUAAAGUCCAAAGCAUCUCUAGUAGGAGAUUUAGCGGUCCAUUUACUUCGUCUUACUUUGGCGGCCGCAACGUAUCCACCUACGCAACGCUGCACGUUCACUUCAAGGACCUGUACUGCGUCAAGUACCGUCGAGAAGCAUUCAUGACCUGGGACUCGCUGCUGGCUUCGUUCGGUGGGAUCUUCGGUUUGUGCAUGGGAGGAUCGGUGCUGAGCAUCGUUGAACUGUUCUACUACUGUGCUGUGAAACCAUUUGCUUUGUACAGUGCUAGGCGAAGAGCUGGCAGCGGAAACCAGCUAAGGCAGACUCGGGCGAAUUCUAGUCGACUGUUCAGACCAAGUCGGUAUCCGGUUGGAUUCUUCAAGCGCAGGAAUGUCAUCUUACGGGAGAGAACGAGUGGACGGGGAAAGAGAAAUAUUGCAAUCGUUUCGCCACAGAUGGGAUUCCCGUAUGGGACGCAAAACGGACAGACCACCGGAGAUCCAAAUAGUGUGUUUUUGUUUUAG